AUGGGGCUAGCUGAAAAUUGGAUUAAACUCAUAAAUCAGUGUGUUUCUACUGUCUCCUAUUCUGUUCUUUUAAAUGGUAGUCCUACUGGUUUCUUUCAACCUGAGAGAGGUCUAAGGCAAGGGGAUCCUUUAUCCCCUUACAUAUACAUCAUCUGUGCUGAGGCUCUAUCUUCUUACAUAGAUAGUCUCCAAAGAAAUGGAACUCUUAAGGGUAUCAGAAUUUGUAAAAAUGCUCUAGAAAUGAUUCAUCUACUGUUUGUUGAUGGUUCUCUUCUUUUCUCUUCUGCUACUAUUGAAUAUUUUAAUGUUAUAAAAGGUUAUCUUCAAAAGUACUGCCUUGCCUUUGGGCAGGAAAUUAAUUUUGAUAAAUCUGGUAUUCUUUUUAGUAGGAAAAUCCCUGAACAUAGGAAAGCCCUUUUGGCUAAUAUUCUGGAUAUCCAAAGCAGAGAUUUGGGUGAGAAGUACCUUGGUACUCCUACUAUUUUCAAAGAUUCUAAAAUCCAAACCCAUAUGGGCAUCCUUCAGGCUGUGGAUGCCAUAAUAAUUGUUUGGAUUCACAAGCUCCUCUCCCAGGCUGCUAGAACCACUUUGGUGAAACAUAUUGUCCAAGUUAUCCCCUUGUACCAUAUGGGGGAUUUUCUCAUCCUAAAGCACCUCUACAGACAUAUGGAUGCCCAUCUCUGCAAAUUCUGGAAUGCUUGGAAAAUUAUUGAAAACCCUGAUUGCAUGUUGGCUAAGAUUUUAAAAGUUAGAUAUUUCCCUAGGACUGAUUUUCUGAAUGCCAAAUGUCCUGAUAAAUGCUCUUGGACCUGGAAAUGCCUUCAUGCUAUAAAAGAGUUUAUUAAACCCUUUGUUUCCUGGAUUGUUGGGGAUGGAAAGUUUAUCGACCCCUGGUGUGACAAAUGGAUUCCAAAUUUGGGUUCUGCUACUCCCAACCCUCUCAACCCUCAGGACCCUAGCAUAAAAGUUGAUUACUUCAUUGAUAACCAUACUAGAACGUGGAAUGUUUCUAGACUCUCUACCCACUUUGAUGAUGCUUCUGUUAAGAAGAUCGUCACUAUUCCCGUAAGCCAGCAUUGCACUCCUGACAGGAGGGCUUGGGACCUAUCGAAGAAUGGUAAAUUUUCUUCAAAAUCCGCUUACUUGGGCCUCAGAGGCAUUAAUACCUCUCCAUGUAAGACUCUUUGGUUACAUAUAUGGAAGAUUAGAGUUCCUCACAGAGUUCAACUCUUCCUUUGGAAAGCUUCUAAAAAUGCUCUUCCAGCUAGAAUCGUCCUUCAUACCAGAAUGCCCAUGCAUUCUGUUGAAUGUGCCAGAUGCAAGGAUCCUCAUGAAAACAUUAUGCAUACUUUGGUCAUGUGUCCUUUUGAUUCUAAGUCUGUCAUAGAAAGAGCUAGGGCAAUGCUCCUUACUAGGAAAAAUACUUCUAUUGCCACUCUUUCAAAUACCAUAGCUCUAAAUCACAAAUGGAUGCCCCCUUUGGUUGGUUGGAUGAAAUGUAACACUGAUGGAGAUUUUGAUGACAUCUCUGGAGAUAAUGGUGUAGGAUAUGUGAUGAGAAAUUCUACUAGCAAAGCCUCUUUCUGUGGUGCCAUGGUUUUUGAAGUUUCGUCUGCAGAAGAAGCUGAAGCCAGAGCCAUCUGGGGAGUUCUCAAGAAAGCAGUGGAACAGAAGAUGACCCAUAUCAUCAUUGAAAGCGAUGCUAAGAAGCUGGUGGAACAAUUCUCUUUGGGUUCUUUUGAUGGUGAUUCUAGGACAGAUGCCAUAUUUAAAGACAUUCAGUCAUUUGCCUCUAAUUUAAUAGCUUGUAUCUUUAGUUUUCAACCUAGAAUCUAUAAUACCGUUGCUCAUGAGUUAGCUCAAUGGGCUAAACGUAAGAAAACUUAUAUGUACUGGUCUAUGCCUCCUGCUUGGCUAGCUGCGACAGUUGAGGGAGACUAUUAG